AUGAUAACGAAUGUUGGGUUGAUGAUAACUGGCGACACCACUUCUAUACAUGACACGGUCAACUACAUUGUGAUGACGCAAACGUGCUGUCAGCCCGGAGGAUCUGAAGACCCAAGAUGUAUUCCUAUCCCUGUUGCCGAAGACGAUUUAUACCUCAGGAAUACUGGAGUAAGAUGUUUGAAUCUCACCAGAGCUAUCACGUAUCAGAGUUUGGGUUGCGUACCUAAAUCCGUGCCGAACGCUAGACUCUGUCACCUUGUAGCAAGGAAAACGAACAUGGAUCACGGUUGUUGCGCUAGGCUUAGUGAAAUUGUGCAUUAA